AUGAAUGAAGCAGUUGAUUACUUGGAGCCCGAGCUUGACCCUAUAUUUCCGGUUGACUGCUCUGAAUCAAACGAAACAUUUUCACGAAUUCAAUUGUUGUAUUCGCAACACAUCAUUGCAUGGCCAAAUUUUUCGGAAUGUUUACCCCAUUGCGGAAUGUGUCAAAUAUUUAUUUCCGAUCCAACUUAUAUUAUCUACAAUUUAUUGCUCAUUGGUUUCAUUCUUCCAAUGAUCGGUUUCUGUGGUCUAGUUGGGAAUGGAAUAAGUGCUUUCAUAUAUUAUCGGCCAGAAAUGCGCUCUUCAACCAAUUUAUACCUGUGCGCACUUGGAUGCAGCGACAGUGCAGUUAUAUGUACAGCAAUAUUUUUAUUUUGUUUUGAUAUUAUCAGGCGCUACUCGCUGCAUAUAUCUUUGAUAUUUGGCACAUUAUCGCCUAUUGUUUAUCCAGCCGGUAUGACUGCUCAAACAUGCUCAGUGUAUUUUACUUUAGCAGCCGCUGCAGACUGCUUCGUUCAAGUAUGUCUGCCGGAUAGUUGCCGGAAACUUGUUUCCCGAGUAUCUUUUGUCAAAUGCAUGAUACUAUGUAUUGUCCUAUUCAGUAUUUUAUAUAACGUACCGCAUUGUUUUGAAGCAGUUGUUUUAAAAUGUUGGCACGCUCAUUUUGAUACUAGUUCACUUGAAGUUUGCCCAGAUCCAUUCAGGUUUCUACCAAGUUAUAUGCUCAUUUACUACAAGUACAUGUAUUCGAUAUUUCUUGCCAUGGGUCCCUUGGCUGUCCUAGUAAUUCUUACUUUUUGCAUUAUAUGCGCCUCAGUUUUUUUCAACAAAGUUGGAGGUGAUUCUGGCGAUACUAUUGCCUUGAUAUUAGUGGUAUUACUGUUUAUAACUUGCAAUGUGGCAGCACUGUUACUAAAUAUAUUUGAAGUUCGCCUGGGUGAAAUAUUGGGACCUUAUAUCAAUUACAUCGUCGAUGCAUCAAAUGUCUUGGUUGUUUUUAACUCUUCUUUCAACUUUGUCAUUUACGUAACAUUUUCCGUACCAUUUCGCCGUACUCUACGAAAAUACAUACGUGCAACCAAAGGUGGAAAAUCAGUAGUAGAAACGAAUACAAAAAUUUCACAAACAUCCAUAACAGCCAGUAAGACUACUUCGAAAUCAACUACUUCUGAGAACUCGUCUAGUGACAUUCAUAACAAUAACCACCAAAAAAGUGAUAAUGGUACUGAUUCCAUGAAUGAAAACACUUAUCCCACAAGACAUUCUACUGAAAACUUAGACGCCAAAAAUUUCAACCAAACCAAUCAUUACCAUUAUCAAGAUAACUUUGAAAAAAACUUCCAUCUAACUAGAAAAAGAACUAUUAGUAACCUCUUAAAAACAGCUCAACCUGAAUUACUUAUAUAA